AUGGUGAUCCAUUUAGAGAAUUAUGGAGGAGACUGUGGAAAGCAAAUGUCCCUGGCAAAGUUCAAAUAUGUGUUUGGCGUGCAUGUAGCAACCUACUGCCCACAAGAGACCGCCUGCUUACUAAGGGGUACAUGGGAGAAGUCAGCUGCAUGCUAUGCACUCAUAGACUGGAAGACACUGCCCAUAUUUUUUAGCUCUCUUCUUCCUAAUCUUAACUUCAAAGAGUGGAUGUUGGAGCAAGCUUUGGGUCUUAAGGCUGAGAUCUUUGAGAAACUCAUGAUGAUCAUAUGGGCACUUUGGAAGAAUAUAAAUUCAAAAUUAUGGGAGAAUCGGUCCCACACUGCAACUGAUAUGCUCUUCAGUUGUAUGACUUGGCUUGAGGAGUUUCAAAAGGCAAGAAAGUCUGCUGUCUUGCCGGUUAAACAGGUACAACAGAAGUGGAGGCCUGCUGCAACCAAUAGAAUAAAAAUUAAUGUUGACGGUGCUUUUUUAGCGCAGUUACCACAUGGAGGAAUUGGGGGAAUAAUUCGUGACUCAAACAGCCAGUUUAUUGCUACCUUUGCUCAACCGGUGCAACAUGUUAAUUCUGCAAAGCAUGUUGAACUGUUAGCCAUUAGAGCUGGUGUUGACCUUGCCAAGCAGCUGCAACUUCACCAAGCAACAAUUGAAUCCGAUUGCCUGCAAGCGGUUCAAGAUAUUGCAUUUGCAGAUUAUCAGUCUUUGGACUUUGGAAGUAUCAUAGACGACAUUCAGGGGGUACAAAUCUGUUUUGCACCUAGAACGAGCAACAAAGUUGCUCACAGGCUAGCCAAUAUGGCUUUUGAAUCAGAUCAAAAUGAAACUUGGUUUGGUUCAAUUCCAAAUUGUAUUCUGGACAUUGUACAAGAGGAGACUCAUCCUCCUAUUUGA